AUCUCACUCGGGUGUCUUCCACCGCUGCGCCUUAUUAUUUCUUUGUUUGACCAUGAGUGACAAACUGUGGACAGAGGAGCAGUUUAACUGCCCUGUUUGUCUGGACCUCCCCAAUGAUCCAGUCACCAUCCCUUGUGGCCACAGCUACUGCAUGGCCUGCAUCAAGGACUACUGGAGCAAGGAUGAUCCCAAGGGUAUCUACAGUUGCCCCCAGUGUCGUCAGACUUUCUGUCCUCGGCCCUCGCUUUCCAGAAACACCAUGUUGGCCGAAGCUGUGGAACAACUCCGCAGAGGAACCCCAAGAUCUCAAGUCUAUCAAAGCAUACGAGGGGCAACAAAAUCCAAAAAGAAUCUACCCUCCUCGGCAGUGCUGUGCGACCUGUGCAAGGGAGAGCGGAGGGCAGCGGUCAAGACCUGCCUGAUGUGCAUGAGCUCAUACUGUGAGGAACACCUGAAGCCUCACCAGACCACCAAGGCCAUGAAAGAGCAUGAACUAAUUGCGCCGACAGGGAAUUUGGCAGAAAAGAUCUGCACCCAGCACAAGUACCUGCAGGAGUUCUUCUGUCGCCAAUGUAAGGUGUUCAUCUGUUGGAUUUGCACCAACAACCAACACAAAGGCCAUGAGAGCGUGUCAACCAAGACUGAACGCCUGGAGAAAGAGAAAGGGCUUUCUGAGAUGCAGGCUGUAAAUCAGAAGAAGCUCAAAGACAGACAGCAGGAACUAAAGGACAUGAAGAAGAUGAUGGAUGGGAUGAAGCGCUCAGCAGAACGUGUUCACAGCGACUCAGAGAAGGCGCUGUUGGAGCUCCAACGCUCAGUGGAGAGACUUCAGGAACUCUUAGAGGAGGUGCUGGAUGAGGCUGGCCGAGAGAAGAUGGAGCAGUCCCAGGAAGUGGUUGAUAAUCUGGAGGCAGAGAUCAGGGAGCUGAAGAAGAGGGAUACUCAGAUGAAGGACCUGGCUCAAUGCGAGGACCACAUCUACUAUCUGCAGAUGUAUGAAACCAUGUGCAGUCCGCUUGAGUCGGGAGACCUUCCAGCUGUGCAGGUUAACCAUGAUGCUUCCUUUGAGCCUGUACGUGAUGCCAUCUUGGACCUAAGGGAGCGAGUGGAGGACUUGUGCAACCAAGAGCUGGGAAAGAUCAACAAAAAAGUCAGCGAGACAACUUUGUUCACACUGGGUGGUGCUAAUCGCAAUCAGAAAGCUGCCUUUUUAAAAAUAUUUUCUGCUCUGGGAUCACGUAACUCAAACAACCGUUCAGGGGGCUCAACAUCACGAAGUGCAGAUAGACGAAAACUGGGUUUUAGAGGUCAAGAUGUGAGGAGCAGAGACACAUCACGAGAGGUCCCUCAGAGGUCACCCAGACUGUUUGACAGACAUAGGCGAGAUGAAAGGGAGUCAGCAGGAGGAGAGGACAACCUAAGACCCAGUCCGAGACCAAGUCCAACCCCCAGUCCGACUCCAAGCCGAAGAGGAUCCUCGUCUCUGUGGAGUAGGUCCAAUCAGAGUCAAGGCGUCACUGCUACUCCCACUCCUACUCCAGUGAGCUUGACCCCUACUCAAAAUAUUGCUCCUGUGCAAGCAUCCACUGGAGCUUUUAGCCGGAUGCCAUCAAUCAGCAGUAUUUUCCGGUCCCGUCGUGGCAACACACAUACAGCUAGCGCGUCGCUUGCAGGUGCGCUUCCAACUCUGUCUGAAAUGCCAACGGAAGUUAACCCCAGUUUGUUCUUGGACUCGCCCUCCCCCAUGGCCAAUAAUCACACUCCUGCUUUUCCCGCAUUAAGAGAAAUCAGCAUUGACAGCAUCCACGCUCCAGAACCAAGGGAAAGAGAGGACUUCCUACAAUAUUCGGUAAAUUUCACCCUGGAUCCAAACAGCGCCCAUCGUCGCCUGGUUCUCUCCGAGGGCAACACAAAGGCCACCCUGCAGGGGCAAGUGCAGCCCUACCCAGACACUCCCCAACGAUUUGACAGUUGGACUCAGGUCAUGUGCGGGAACCCGCUGUAUUCCCAGCGUUCCUAUUGGGAAGUGGAGUGGCGAGGCCGAGGCUCCUCUAUUGGUGUGGCGUAUGGUUCACUGACCAGGAAGGGCUCAGACGCUAGGGUGGGAAUUGGCUACAAUGUGCAAUCAUGGACGUUGGAGCUAUCCGACACAUGCUGCACAGCACUCCACGACAACCAGAAGAGGGAUAUACCUGUCACCUACUCCCCCCGUCUGGGCAUCUACGUGGAUUCGUCCACAGGAACACUGGCAUUCUACAGCGUGGCCGAGAACAUGACACACCUCCACACUUUCAGGGCAAACUUUACACAGCCUCUUUAUGCUGUCUUUGGGGUGGGGAGUGGAGUUGGAGUGGGUUUAGAUUUUGCACUUGGACAAUUUAACACCACCUCUGAUAGCAUCAAGCUGUGUCCAAUGUGAAAAUGCACACAAGGGCAAAAUAUGUUUUUGGGUUGUCAUUUGUUCAUCAUUAAAUACACUUUCAAUCACCCAUCUUCUGUAUCCAGUUAAGCAGGUGUGGUAUAAAUAGUUACCACUGUCCCUUACAGCAACACUAGGUAACUUUUCAACCUUUAUAAAAUAUUUUCAUAACAUUUGUGAUGUCAACUGACAACUAGUUGAAUGACACCUCUUUUAUAUCUUGAGGGGGUCUGUAUUGCUUUUACCAGCUCUAAUUAACUUUAAGGUGGGUGGCAGGAACCCUGCCACACCAAAAAAGUGCUUUAUGUCAUACGUCACUUCCCCAUUUCCCCAUUCAUUAUAAAGACGGAGGUCGAUGUAAACGCUUUUACACAAUUUCUGCAAAGAUGGCAGAGCAUCAAAAGAGAAAAACAUUUGUCCGAGGAGGGGGGGCUACCAGGAGACUCAACCAAUACAUUGGCUCGGCUUUCACUCGCUGCCGUGACGCCCACCACCUCCAAAUGAAUGCUGACGAGUUCGGGUGAGGUGGGGGGGUUUAGCUACAUUUAGGCAGACGGGUGCUAAUCGUCAUGUUAUUGUUUAGCCACAGCUAGAUUAAUAACCUUAUUACUACUCACCCUUUACACAGCUGCUGAACAGAAAUUUUUAAUCCAUCUGCAGGAGACAGUGAGAUCAUAAUUAUACGACACUGUGGGGUGUGCGGGUGUGCACUGGUCCUCAUGGGAAACGCAGUCCUUCUUAAGGCAAAACACUCCCGCUUUUGUCCACCAGCAUCGCUAAAAUCGACCAAACUGAAAAGU